GCAGUCAUCUGUGUUGAGGUGAUUACGUGUAGCUCGCAACUAGCAGCAGUUAGCUUGUCAGAGGGGAUACCACCAGCGAGUUCAUAUUGAGGGGUCACAACGAUAGCUCUUCUGUUAGUGUGUAUAUAGAGAAAAAUGGAGUGGACACUAAUUGUUCUCCCGAAAACACCACGGACUGACAUUUUUCGCUGUUAAAAUGAUGUAGCAGAAUGGAAUUACCAGUACAGACUUCUGUUGAGUGGCACUGCAUAAAGACAAGGCUGUGUUUCAGUUCAUAAACUCCAUGCAUCACGUGAAGUUGCUUUCUCUCCAGAAACCGCAAAUUGCACCAAAAAAGAGACACUGAAAAGGCAGACAUGUUUGCCAAGUUGAAGAAGAAGAUUGCAGAAGAGGCGGCGACAGCACCUCGGGGUGGUGUUCGUAUACCACGCACCAUCAGUAAGGAAUCCAUCACCUCAGUGGGGGCAGACUCGGGGGAUGACUUUGCAUCUGAUGGCAGCAGCUCCAGGGACGACCUGCCUGCUCAGCUCCUCAGAAGGAAUGAUCAGAUCCGGAAGCUGGAGGCCAAGCUAUCAGACUACGCUGAGCAGCUACGAAUUAUGCAGAAGACCAAGGACAAGCUUGAAAUUGCAUUAGAAAAGCAUCAGGAUUCAUCCAUAAAGAAACUUCAAGAGCAGAAUGAGUCUCACCAGGCCAACAGAGCCAAAAUGGCAGAGGGGAUGGCUUUAGCACUGGAAAAGAAGGAUCAGGAAUGGAUGGAGAAGAUGGCCGAUGUGGAAAAGGAGAAGGCUGCCCUGUCAGCCCGACUAGAGGAGAUGAUGGAGCAAAGCUUAGCACUCUUCCAGAAAAGGGAUGACCUGGAUGAACUGGAGGGCUUUCAGCAACAGGAGCUCGCUAAAGUUAAACACAUGUUGCUACGGAAGGAGGAGCAGCUGAGCCAGAGGGAACGAGAGCUCCAGCAGAAAGAGGCUGAAGCUCAGUCAGCAAAGCGAGGGCUGUCCGAGGCUCGAGGGAAACUCCAGGUUCUGCAGCAGCAGCAUGAGGAGAGCUGCAGACUCAACUCUGAGCUUGAAAUAGAGCGAGAGGAUCUGCUUCUGCUUAGAGAGGAGGCAGACAAGAAGAUUGGCGAGCUGGAGGGACGAUGCCAGGAGCUGCAGUCAGUCAUCCAACAGGUCUCUGAAGACUUCCAGAAGUCACAGAGUAUGGUUUCAACUUUAGAGAAGUCCCUCCAUGAUUUACAGACUGAACAUGAUGUCCUGAAGUUGCAACAACAAAAGGCUGCUGUGACAGAGGAGGACAAGGAACGCUUAUUAAUGGACCUUCAGAAGAAAGUGACCUCCCUUGAGAGACGACUACAGGGGAACCUGAGUCAAGACGAGCAUCUACAAGAGCUUCUCCAGGAGAAAUCCAGCCUGGAGGAAAGUCUGGAAGAGACCAGAGCAGAGCUGCUGGCUGUCCGGACAAACCAUGCUGAUACUGUCAGCUCUCUGGAGGCGCAGGUGUCCAGAAUGAGCUGCAGCAUCACUGAGCUCCAGACCCUUCUCCGACACAAAGAUGAUUCGUCCAGGGCCUACAGAGAGAGAACUGACACACAAGUUGCCAAUCUGGAGCAGCAAGUCCUAGACAGCAGUGAGAGACUGAAGAGUGCAGAGCAGCAGAUCACAGACAAACAACAACACAUGGAUAAACUGCAAGGAGUGUGGAGUGCAGAGAAAGCCUUUCUGGAUCAGCAGGUGUGUUUGUUACAGCAGCAGAGUCAGGAGAAGGCCAGCCGGCUGGAAGAAAGCAUUGCCUCUUUAGAGACAGAUAAACAGACGCUGCAGGACAGGGUGACUGAUCUGGAGAAGCAGAGAGAUGACGUGAACUCUUCACUGAGGCAGCGGACAGAGGAGCUGGAACAGUGCAGGACGGAGCUGGACAGCCGGCAGACAGUGAGCAUAGAAAUCGCCAAAGCUCUGGAAGAAACCAGACGACAGAAGGAGGAGCUGCAAACACAGGUUGGAGAGCUGGCUGCAUCUCUUCAGACCUCACAGCAGGAACUGUCUACUGUCACUGAGAAGCUAGCACUGAGAGAGGAAGACAUCAAAACUCUCCAGAAUGAGUUGCAGUGUCGGCAAGCGUCAGUGGUCCAGCUGCAGGAGGAGGCUGAGCGGCUACGAGCCCAGCUGCAGCAGAUGGAGCUGGACAGAGACUCCCAGCUGAUCAGCCUGAGGAAGGAGCUGCUCAGCCAGACACAGCAGCUAGACAGCUGCCAGGCACGGAUCUUGUACCUGGAGGUGGAGGUGGAAACCCUGACAGAACAGCUUCACAGCCCUGAAGUGUGUGAAGAGGAUCAAAAUGGCAGUGUGACAGUGGAUGACCUAGAUCACAUUCAGAAAGUCAACAGAGAGCUGGAGCAGCAGCUCAGCGACAAGAACAGGACCAUCAAGCAGCUGCAGCAGAGACUGGCAGAACUGAAGAGGACGCUGCAGAAAGAGCUGAAGCUAAAGCCUGAACCAGAGGCUGAGGGGAAGGAGAAGUUGCAAGAAAGCCGAGCAGAAAAACAAGAGAGGCUGUGUCCAGAGCCCCCCCCAGCAUCUGCCCCGAGCCCCCCGACCUCCAACACCAUGGUGACCAACACGUCAGACCUCAAUGACUCACGGGAAAUCAACUUUGAAUAUCUCAAACAUGUCGUCCUCAAGUUUAUGUCAUCCAGAGAGGCUGAGGCGUAUCAGCUAAUACGAGCUGUAUCUGUGCUGCUGAACUUCACUCGUGAGGAAGAGGACAUGUUGAAGCAAACUCUGGAGUACAAGAUGUCAUGGUUUGGAUCCAAACCUUCUCCAAAAGGUAUCAUCCGGCCUUCGAUCUCAGGCACCUCAACUAACUGGAGUUGAUGAGCAGCAGAAAUAACUGAAGCGGUGGAGAGAAAGGAAUUAAAGGACCACCUCCAGGAGGAGAAGGUCCUUCCUGUGUGCCUCCCAUCACUGAGCAGGAUUCUAGCUUUAAACAGACUCCCACAGUUUUCUCUGACACUGUGUGGGAAGAACUGUGGUUUGGGAAGGCUGCACAGUCAAAGAGAUAAAGACCUAUUCAUAAUCAGUUGUUUAAAGUGACAUUAUUUUCUUGGUCAGUGGUUGAGGCAGUCUGGCUUUUGACCAAAUGUAAUAGAGAGAAAACUGACAGAUACAAUAUUCACACUUGAGUUUGAAGUGUCCUGAGCGUCAUUUUUCUCCUCAGAUAUAUGACACAGAUCUCAUGUUUUCUAGUCAGUGAAGUCACUUCUGUUUGUGUUGGAACAGAAAGCAGCUGACUUGAUGUGUCUUAACUGGACAGAUGGUACAGCUUUUGAUUACUGAAGGACCUUUUAGUCUGUCACUUGGUUAUUGGUUAUUCUUUCAUUUAAAUCACAGGGGAUGACUCAAUGAAAAUGUCUCAUUCUGAUGCCAGUUUGGCAGUGAGAAUUUAUUUAAUGAUACCUGUCAAAUGGACAUAGCUCACAUUGGUGUCAAAGGACCGAGUGUGUCUAAAUGCAAGUCUAGAUUUUAUGUCCUCUGAACUAAAGCCAGUAAAUUUCAGAUUCAAAAUUCCAAAGUUCCUAGAAAAAUCAAAGAAAUCCAGACUGGGAUUAUUGUCCAGUUGCUCCAUCAAAGAAAUGAGAAAUGAAAAGUUUCAGAUCAUAUCAAUCAUAUCAUUAACAGUGAAAUGUAAUUACUCCCAUUUCUCUUUAUAAACACAUUUUCCAUUAUUUUGCUUCCUACUGCAUCACUGACACCAGCAUUAUAAGAUGGUCUGAACUAGAGCCCGAAUGACAGGCCAAAAAUCAAUAUUGAUAUUUUAGAGUUUUAAAAAAUCUUAUGAUGGUAUUCUUUUUUAAUAUAAACACAUUACACAGACCAGCCAAGGAUCCCUUAGAUUUGACCAACAAAGAACUGUGACCAAGAUGUGUAUUGAUCAGGACAUUUUACAGAUGGAAAAUAAAAAGUAGUCAGUUCCACUUUGUUAGACAAACGUGUUUUGUAGUUUGGAUGCACAGCCUGCGAGGUUCAGUUCAUUGUAGGAAAAAGUCUCUUCUUUACUGGACUGGAGAAACAAAAAUGGCUACCACAGCGGUCUGUUCAUGCAGACUGUAUUCGGUCCUUUAACACCAAUAAUAAUGAUAUGGACUACAUUUGACCAUUUGGAUAAUAAUAACAAUGUGAUAAAAUAAGUGAAUGCUAUGUUAAUGGUGACAGGACGACAUGCUCUACCUUUACCUGCCUUUGCUAAUGUUAAUGAAAAGUACAUUCCACAUGUCUAUUUAUAUAUAGAAAUAUGUACAUACAGUAUGCAUUGAGAACUUUAUAAAUCAGUGGAUGUAAAUGGUUUGAUGUGACAAGUUUGCAGUAUUUAUCAUCAUAGAUCAGAACCCAUACACGUUUCUCCUUCAGUCCCCAGUGUGAUGUCAGUCACAACAUUGUGAUAUUUAUUUUUACGUCCGUGGGAAGCCCAGGGAAUCUGCAUGUCUGCUGUUAAACUGAAUGGUUAAAUCCCUAAAGCAGCCUGGUCAGUCUUUUACAAUUCUCCUCAUUUCCAAAGACCAGCACAUUCUGCAUUUGUAUUCAUUCCAGGAAUAUGCAUAUAAUGUGAAGCAAGAAACACAUCGGGAUGUUGUUUGUCAGAAAACUAGAAACUGAUAUCUGUUUUUCAUUUGAAGUUGUAUCUGUUAAACUCAUUCUUUGUAUGCUAAGAUGCAGGACUACAUCUGUGAAUGCAGACCUGUCAUCAUUCUGUGUUACAAAUGAGAGGUAGCAGACUGAUGUAGUGACCUAGACUCUGCUGGGUAAUAUACUGUCUCCAUGAGAAUCAAAAGAAACAGUGAAUGCACUUUUUAACCUGAUUGAUUUUGCUGUGCUAAGCUCUGAAACACAACUGUACAAUCACUACAGCAUUUGUGUCUUUUGCUCUUUAUGAUUUAACAAUUGCUGCCAGGUUCCUUUUUCCCACAUUUAUUAAUAAUAAAUCUGAAAUGAUAAAAUCA